AUGCCACCGCUUUGUUCGAGGGGCAUACCGUCCCCCCGUCGGGUGCUGGUCGCUCACACCUACCAAAGAGCAGCCCGUUGCUCCGCAGCCGGCCGAAGAUUCUUCCACUCCAACGAAUGCCCGCCGACCGAGACGCCGUUUGGCGCUGUCGAGGAUGCCAUUCUCGCCGCCGCCUACCGCCACGUCCCUGAGCACGGCUUCUCGCAGCGUGCUCUCGGCCUCGGAGCUCGCGAUGCUGGCUUCUUGGACAUAAGCCCAAGCGUCCUGUCGUACUCUCCCUUCAGCCUCAUCCACUAUCACCUCGUCACCCAGCGCCGGAGCCUAGCAUCGCAAUCCCGCCAGCUGUUCGACGAUGCCAAGCUCCAAUCGCAGGCUCAGUCUACGCUGGCCGUUAGUCUCGACGGUAGGCUUUCAGCUCUGACAUGGGCUCGACUCAUGGCAAACAAAGACACAAUCCAUUGGUGGCAAGAGGCACUCGCCGUCAUGGCGCACCCCAGUCACCUCCCCGCUUCUCUCAACGAGCUGGCUCGACUCGCCGAUGAAAUAUGCUUUCUCGCCGGCGACAAGUCAACUGACGCUUCCUGGUACAGGAAACGCGCUUCUCUGUCCGUGGUAUAUAGCACCACCGAGCUGUUCAUGACCAACGACAAGUCCCGCGAUUUCGCAGAAACUAGAAGAUUUCUUGACCGGAGGAUGGACGAAGUCCAGACCCUUGGCGGCAUCGCUGGGUCUCUGGGUCAAUGGACGGGAUUCACAAUCACGGCGGCUGUGAACGUGUUGCGCAGCAAAGGCGCUCCCAUCUGA